GCACUGAAAUAGUGUCAGCUACACUGCACAGUGGGGUCUCGUCUGUCUCUAAGGGACAACAAAUAAGCCCCGAUGUCUCCACAAAUGAAUCUGCUCUUUCAUGAUGGCUUUACAUUGAAGCACAUGAGACAAGCACCCUAGAAAAAUGUAAGUAAAGCAAGUUUUUUAUUGCAUGUUUAAUAUUCCCAUUGUAAAAGUUAACCAAAUAGCCUCUAAAAGCUUGUUGAUCUAACUGGCUACUCGUGAUUAUUUCUUCGAUGACAGCAAAUAAUAAUGUAACACAAGAUGGGGGAUUGGAACUUAUUAGGGAGUAUUUUAGAAGAGGUCCAUAUUCAUUCCACCAUCGUGGGGAAGAUCUGGCUCACCAUCCUCUUCAUUUUCCGGAUGCUUGUGCUUGGUGUGGCGGCUGAGGACGUCUGGGAUGAUGAGCAGAGUGAGUUUGUUUGCAACACAGAGCAACCUGGCUGCAAGAAUGUCUGCUACGACCAGGCUUUCCCCAUCUCCCUCAUCCGCUACUGGGUCCUUCAGAUCAUCUUCGUGUCCUCUCCCUCUCUGGUCUACAUGGGGCAUGCGUUGUACCGUUUGAGGACCCUUGAGAAGGAGAGGCACAAGAAGAAAGCCUGUCUGAAAGUUGAGCUGGAGGGGACAGACCCUGCGCAGGAGGAUCAUAAGCGAAUAGAGCGAGAGCUCAGGAAGCUAGAUGAACAGAAGAAAGUAAGGAAAGCUCCCCUUCGAGGCUCCUUGCUGCGCACAUAUGUUUUCCAUAUCUUGACCAGAUCUGUGGUGGAGGUGGGUUUUAUAAUAGGUCAGUGUGCUCUGUAUGGCAUUGGACUGUCUCCUCUCUACAAAUGUGAACGGUUGCCUUGCCCCAACAGUGUCGACUGUUUUGUGUCACGACCAACAGAGAAGAACAUUUUCAUGGUUUUCAUGCUGGUUAUUGCCGGAGUUUCUUUAUUCCUCAACCUCCUAGAGAUCUUCCAUCUGGGGGUGAAGAAGAUCAAACAAAGCUUGUAUGGAUACAAAUAUGGAGAUGAUGACAGCGUGUACAGGUCAAAGAAAAACUCUAUGGUGCAGCAGGUCUGCGUGCUCACUAAUUCCUCACCACAAAGGUUGAUGCAGCUCACACAGAUGACCUGCUCUGUUGUGUCUGAUGCUCAUGGGGAGACUUUGAACAGCUCCAACCAGCAGGCUCUGCAGCAGCUGGGGGCUGUGGAGCGGCGCUACACUCUGGACAACAGGAAGUCAUGCAGCAGUGAAGAAUCCAACGGACCUCACAGCUCCGGCCAGCCACAGUACGCAGAACCUCGACCUACACUGAUGGCCAGCCACAUGGAGAUCCCAGCAGCCCUGAGGAACGCGCAGAGGAAGCAGAGCCGAGUGAGUAUCUGUAAGGAGCUCAGUGACAUGAGUGAUUCUCCAGAGAGCGACCACUACCCCACCGCCAGGAAGUGCAGUUUCAUGUCCAGAGGAAUGUCGGAGGGAAAGCUGGCCACUCCGUCUGAUAGCGCCGAUUCUCAGAGUGGAACAGACGUUGAGGCCCAGCACCUCAACCAGGGAGAGAGUCCAGUGAUGACCCCCCCACCUCCAGCCGCUGGGAGGAGGAUGUCCAUGAGCAUGAUCCUGGAGCUGUCUUCCAUCAUGAAAAAGUAAAUUGAAAAUGAUGAUUUUGGGAACAAAGUUGGAGGCAUGUAGGAGUUUUAAAGGGGCCGAGGGAUCCUGAUCGCAAAGCGAAUCUCAUCCUGUCUCUCAACUGCAACGUUAUGUUUUCAUAGUAUGUUUAUACAGUAUGUAUCAUGCAUGAACAAGAGCUUCAGUUCAGUUAUACUCACAUGACAUUCCACAGACAAUGCUUAAUACUUUGCUUCAUGUUGUGUACAAUGAUAUCUCCAGCUUCUCAUUAAUUUUAUAUUGUUAGUUUGCAAGCAACUUGCUAUUUAGGGUUGGGUUUGUGGAGACAACAAAUCAAAUAUGAAUCAAAAUUAUAUUUGGCUCAAAACAUAUGUGAAGGCUCAUAAAAUGAGGCCUGUCGCAAAGAUAUUUGACAGAAGAUUGUAAUUACAGAUUGUGGAAAUUGCAACCACAAAAAAGAUGAGAGAACUCUUUAUACCAGUGUUUAUGGUUUAUCAUACAGAAUGAGCUGGAGAAAAAAAAGGGCUCUUCAAAUUCAACAUUUCGUUUCGAUUGA